UCAAGAAGGCGUUGGUGAGUAAUAUAUAAAGGAUUGAAAGCAUACCUUGUAAUGCAAUGCAAACUCAACAACAAUUUAGUGUUGUGUGUUAGAAGAAAAUAGCUAUCCGGCAAGAAGUGCCCAUCGCCGGAAGAUGGGGACUAUGAAACCUUUGAGGCAUUGGCCUCAGUUGCUCUCAGCGGUGGCAAUGUGCCUCAUUACUGCCUCCGUCGUUGCUGCUCAAUUCAACGAUGCUUUGCUACCUAUCAAAAAACCUGAACUCGGUUUUGAUUUACCGAAGCAUCAACAUCACUCAAAAUUUCCUCCAAAGUAUCAUCACCGCCACACACCUCCCCCGCCGGUAAAAUAUCACCACCACAAGCCACCUCCACCAAAAUACAAGCAUCACAAAUCUCCGCCAUCAUAUGUUUAUAAGUCUCCACCACCACCUUCUCCUUACAUUUAUAAAUCGCCACCACCACCUCCUUACGUCUACAAGUCGCCGCCACCACCUCCUUACGUCUACAAGUCGCCGCCACCACCUCCUUACGUCUACAAGUCGCCGCCACCACCUCCUUACGUCUACAAGUCGCCACCACCACCUCCUUACGUCUACAAGUCGCCCCCACCACCUCCUUACGUCUACAAGUCGCCGCCACCACCUCCUUACGUCUACAAGUCCCCACCACCACCUCCUUACGUCUACAAGUCGCCCCCACCACCUCCUUACGUCUACAAGUCGCCGCCGCCACCUCCUUACGUCUACAAGUCGCCCCCACCACCUCCUUACGUCUACAAGUCGCCGCCACCACCUCCUUACGUCUACAAGUCGCCGCCACCACCUCCUUACGUCUACAAGUCCCCACCACCACCUCCUUACGUCUACAAGUCCCCACCACCACCAUUUCCAUCACCACCCCCUCCCUACGUCUAUAGCUCUCCUCCACCACCAUCUCCCUCUCCACCGCCUCCUUAUGUCUAUAGCUCUCCCCCACCACCAUCUCCAUCACCACCCCCUCCAUACGUUUAUAGCUCUCCUCCACCGCCAUCUCCAUCCCCACCACCUCCAUAUGUCUAUAGCUCUCCUCCACCACCAUCUCCAUCGCCACCGCCUCCUUAUGUCUAUAGCUCUCCACCACCACCAUCUCCAUCUCCACCCCCUCCUUACGUCUAUAGCUCUCCUCCACCACCAUCUCCUUCCCCACCCCCUCCUUACGUCUAUAGCUCUCCUCCACCACCAUCUCUCCCACCCCCUCCUUACGUCUAUAGCUCUCCUCCACCACCAUCUCCUUCCCCACCCCCUCCUUACGUCUAUAGCUCUCCACCACCACCAUCUCCUUCGCCACCUCCUCCAUAUGUCUAUAGCUCUCCUCCACCACCAUCUCCUUCCCCACCCCCUCCUUACGUCUAUAGCUCUCCACCACCACCAUCUCCUUCGCCACCUCCUCCAUAUGUCUAUAGCUCUCCUCCACCACCAUCCCCUUCACCUCCACCACCUUAUGUCUACAAGUCUCCCCCACCACCAUCUCCAUCACCACCCCCACCUUAUGUCUAUAAAUCUCCUCCACCGCCGUCUCCAUCUCCACCACCUCCUUACGUCUACAAGUCACCCCCACCACCAUCUCCAUCACCACCACCUCCAUAUGUUUACAAAUCACCUCCUCCACCGUCUCCCUCUCCACCACCUCCUUAUGUCUAUAAAUCACCACCACCUCCAUCACCAUCACCACCUCCACCUUAUAUCUAUAAGUCACCUCCACCACCACCUUACGUGUACAAGUCUCCUCCGCCACCAUCUCCAUCACCACCACCUCCUUACAUUUACAAGUCUCCCCCACCUCCAUCUCCAUCUCCACCACCCCCUUACAUUUAUAAGUCUCCACCACCACCAUCUCCAUCACCACCACCCCCCUACAUUUAUAAGUCUCCACCACCUCCUUCACCAUCACCACCUCCACCUUAUGUUUACAAGUCUCCUCCGCCACCAUCUCGAUCACCACCACCUCCUUAUGUUUACAAAUCUCCUCCUCCACCAUCCCCAUCUCCACCACCUCCCUAUGUCUAUAAAUCACCACCUCCUCCAUCACCAUCACCACCUCCUCCUUAUGUCUAUAAGUCACCUCCACCACCAUCUCCCUCUCCACCACCACCUUAUGUGUACAAGUCUCCCCCACCACCAUCUCCUUCACCACCUCCUCCUUAUGUCUAUAAGUCACCUCCACCACCAUCUCCAUCACCACCACCUCCUUACAUCUACAAGUCUCCCCCACCUCCAUCUCCAUCUCCACCACCUCCUUACAUUUAUAAGUCUCCACCACCUCCUUCACCAUCACCUCCUCCACCUUAUGUUUACAAGUCUCCUCCACCACCAUCUCCAUCACCACCACCUCCCUAUGUUUACAAAUCACCUCCUCCACCAUCCCCCUCUCCACCACCUCCCUAUGUCUAUAAAUCACCACCACCUCCAUCACCAUCACCACCUCCUCCUUAUGUCUAUAAGUCACCUCCACCACCACCUUACGUGUACAAGUCUCCCCCACCACCAUCUCCUUCACCACCUCCUCCUUAUGUCUAUAAGUCACCUCCACCACCAUCUCCCUCUCCACCGCCACCUUACGUGUACAAGUCUCCCCCACCCCCAUCUCCAUCUCCACCACCCCCCUAUGUCUAUAAAUCACCACCACCUCCGUCACCGUCACCUCCUCCACCUUAUGUUUACAAGUCUCCUCCGCCACCAUCUCCAUCACCACCACCUCCUUAUGUUUACAAAUCACCUCCACCACCAUCUCCCUCUCCACCACCUCCAUAUGUCUAUAAAUCACCACCACCUCCAUCACCAUCACCACCUCCACCUUACGUCUACAAGUCUCCUCCACCACCAUCUCCCUCUCCACCGCCACCAUAUAUCUACAAAUCACCUCCUCCACCAUCCCCCUCUCCACCACCUCCCUAUGUCUAUAAAUCACCACCACCACCAUCCCCGUCUCCUCCUCCUCCUUAUAUCUAUAAAUCGCCACCUCCACCAUCUCCAUCACCACCUCCGCCGUAUAUUUACAAAUCUCCACCUCCACCAUCCCCAUCACCUCCUCCACCUUAUUAUUAUAAGUCACCUCCACCCCCCUCCCCAUCACCGCCACCUCCUUACUUUUACAAGUCCCCUCCUCCUCCCUUGAAAUCUCCACCACCUACUUAUUACUACAAAUCACCCCCUCCACCGUACAAGCGUAACCCAUACUAGUUCAUCCCCAAGUCCACUAAGUGAUGGCAUUUAAAUUAUAUUGAAUUACACGAAUAACAUUAGCCAACUUCCCAUGCAUAAGGUGAAGUUCGAGUUGAUCAAGUUAUUUAAUGAUUUGAUUGUCGCUAGAUCCCUUUUGAGCAAAUCUUUCCGAAAGAGUUGUAUUAUCUUUUGGCAUCCAAGAUCUGGAUGCUAAAGAUUUGAUUUAAUUUCUAUUGAUUGUUGUAAAAUUUACAAAAAUGAUGCAUUUACUGUUCAAGUUAUGAAAUAGAUUUGUACGCUUUCUCUCAUCAAUCCAAAUCCAAAGGCUAAACUUACCGUUGGUUUUGCGGGUGAGUUUGAAGCAAAUUCAGUUCAACAAAAGUGUGCGAAAUAAAGAAAAUUAUUUGUUUUUUAAAAAA